UUGAUUAUUCAAAACCCUAAUUAAGAAUCCUACUUCACUUAACUAGUUAACUACAAACACAAAUAUGAUCAUCAUUUCUUACUAUUCCACAAGCUAUAAAAUCACAAGUCCCAACAGAACUCAAACUAAAGUUCAUUACAUAACAAACCUAAGCAUAUAAACAAGCCCAUAAUCUCAAUCAAACACAAUCCUGUAAUUAUGUGGGCAUUUCACUCUCCACAAACCACAACUCAACCACCUUCACACUCAUUUUUCUUACCUCGUACAUCUCCAAAGCCACCACUUUGCUUCGUCAAUCUCAACCCAACAGUCUCCACAGCAACUGACAAUAACAAACUAAUCCAAUCCCUAUGCAAACAAGGCAACUUAAAACAAGCAAUUAAUGUCCUUUCGAAUGAACCUGACCCAACUCAGCACACUUAUGAACUUCUAAUUCUCUCUUGCACCCACCAAAACUCGUUUUCCGAUGCCCAAUUGGUUCACCAACACCUUACUGAAAAUGGGUAUGAUCAAGAUCCAUUCUUGGCCACCAAACUCAUUAAUAUGUACUCGAGUUUCGACUCGAUUGAUGAUGCACGUAAGGUGUUCGAUGAAAUGCGUAGCAGAACUAUUUAUGUUUAUAAUGCGCUUUUUCGCGCGCUUACUUUGGUGGGUAAUGGGGAGGAGGUGUUGGGUUUGUAUCGGAGGAUGAAUUCUAUUGGAAUGGGGUCUGAUCGGUUUACUUAUACUUAUGUGCUUAAAGCUUGCGUUGCUUCGAAUGGUUUGGUGUCAUUGCUUACGAAAGGGAAGGAGAUUCAUGCGCAGAUUUUGCGGCGUGGGUAUGAGGCACAUGUUCAUGUUAUGACUACUUUGGUUGAUAUGUAUGCAAGGUUGGGUUGUGUGAGUUAUGGUAGUUUUGUUUUUAAUCAAAUGCCUGUGAAAAAUGUGGUUUCUUGGAGUGCUAUGAUUGCUUGUUAUUCCAAGAAUGGGAGACCUUUUGAGGCUUUGGAGCUUUUCAGGGAAAUGAUGCUUGAGACUAAGGAUUUGUGUCCCAAUUCCGUGACGAUGGUUAGUGUGUUUCAAGCUUGUGCGGCUUUAGCGGCUUUGGAGCAAGGGAAGUUGUUACAUGGGUAUAUUCUUAGGAGAGGGCUGGACAGUAUCUUGCCUGUUAUUAGCGCCCUUGUUACUAUGUAUGCAAGAUGCGGGAAACUUGAAUUGGCGCAAUGUGUUUUUGAUCAGAUGGAUAAUAGAGAUGUUGUUUCUUGGAAUUCGUUGAUCUCAAGUUAUGGGGUUCAUGGAUUCGGAAGGGAAGCGAUACAUAUUUUUGAACAGAUGAUUCGUGAUGGUGUAAGGCCAAGUCCUGUAUCGUUUAUCAGUGUGUUGGGAGCUUGUAGUCAUGCAGGACUUGUAGAGGAGGGGAAGAGGUUGUUUGAGUCGAUGAAUAAACAUUACGGGAUACAUCCUAGUGUUGAACAUUAUGCUUGUAUGGUGGACAUUCUCGGCAGGGCCAAUAGACUUGAGGAAGCAGCUAAAAUUAUUCAGGAUAUGCGAAUCGAACCAGGGCCUAAGGUUUGGGGUUCUCUCCUUGGAUCAUGUCGGAUUCACAACAAUGUCGAAUUAGCAGAGUGGGCAGGCACAAAGCUUUUCGAGCUUGAGCCUACAAAUGCCGGGAAUUAUGUGCUUCUAGCUGAUAUUUACGCAGAAGCUGGUAUCUGGGACGGGGUAAAAAGAGUGAAGAAGCUGUUGGAUGCUCGAGGACUACGGAAAGUAUCCGGUUGCAGUUGGAUAGAAGUUAAAAGAAAAAUCUACUCAUUCAUGUCGGCUGACGAGCUCAAUCCACGGAUCGAACAGCUUCAUGCUUUGGUUGUUAAGAUGUCUAAAGAAAUGAAGGAGAAAGGGUAUGUGCCACAAACCAAAGGUGUGCUUUAUGAUCUUGAUGAAGAGGAAAAAGAGCAAAUUGUAUUAGGUCACAGUGAAAAACUAGCCGUUGCGUUUGGGCUUAUCAAUUCAAAUAGCAGAGAUACCAUUCGGAUCACCAAGAACUUGAGAUUGUGUGAAGACUGCCAUUUGUUUACAAAAUUCAUCUCCAAGCUUACAAAUAGGGAGAUUCUAGUUAAAGAUGUGAAUCGCUUUCACCAUUUCCGUGACGGGGUCUGUUCAUGCGGAGAUUACUGGUGAUCAAUGUUGCACGAAACGUUGAAACGGAAAAUGCUGAUACGAGAAACGGCCAAAUGACAUAUUUUAUGAGAAUGAGUUAUAAAUAUAAAAUUUCUGAGUUUCAGAAGCAUUUUUUGAAACGGAACGAAAUGCGGAAUGUAGUUCUCGGUAAAUUAUCAUGCACCGUAGCUGGUGAUUAUUAACUCCAAUAAGUUUUCUAUUUUCGUCAAUAAUAAUAGGAAUAUUGUACAGUAGCAAUUAUCAUGUUCGCUUGAGAAGUUACAUUUUUUCUAAGGCAUCCAAAUUCGGGUUUGUGUCAACUUUUAAAUCCUUCUUGUUAUUGUAAUUGGUAUAGCUCUGCGGAAACUACCUCAUUUAAGGAAGCAUCCCGGAUUUCCUUAAGUCUUUUGAAGCAGCCCGGAUUUCCUUAAGUCUUUUUCUGAGCUGCUCCGGUGACAUAAAGGAUCAACAUAAGAUGAGUGUGCACAUUUUUUCAAGAAAUUCUGAAGAAUAUGUAAUGAUGCAAUGUACUGUAUGAGCAGUGUCGGAAUCCUUUUCAGUUCGUGGUUAACUUCUAAUUCACUUCGGCAGUCCGAGUUUA